AUGGAACUUUACGGGGAGCUCUCCAAGCUAAGUGCUCUCUUUAAUAGUGACAUGGAACGCUUCCAAAAGAAAAUUGACGCCAGCCUGUCCCAAAGUGACCUCCAGAUCCUUGCACAAAAGGAAAAAGGGUCUCCUGCAGCUUCUGUUAUUGAAGCAUUAACAAACCAAAUGAAGUUGCCUGAAUUUUCUAAAGCAGACAUAUCCUCUUGUCAUCGAAUGGGGAAGGACUCCAGUAGACCACGACCUAUCUUGGUUCGCUUCCAAGCCUAUAAGAAGCGUAGUGAGGUGUGGGAGAAUAAGACUUGUCUCAAGGGAUCCGGUGUUACUUUAUCCGAAUUCUUGACUAAGUCGCGCCACGAAGUCUUCAAGCGUGCUCGCAUACACUUUGGCGUGAAGGAUUGCUGGACUUCAGAGGGCCGCAUUGUCCUCCUGCCAAACAAAUCUCGGAUCGAGCGCAUGUCCGAGCUUGAGGAGCUGAUCCACCGCUACCCAACGCCACAUAAUGUGGCGUCAACUACCCGUGCUGGUACAUCAACGCAGUCCGAGCCUGUACGUACUCCUUCUAAAGAGCCGACAACUCAAGACCAACCUCGACCGGUCCGAAAAUGCACAAAACCGAAAACAGUUUCAAAG